AUGUCCACCCCAUCCACCAUGAAAGCCAUCGUGGUCGAAAAGCUCGGCGGCCCCGAAGUCCUCGAAACCAAGACGGCCCAUCCCGUCCCCACCGCGGGGGAAGGCCAACUACUCGUCAAGAACAACAUCUCCGGCGUCAACUACAUCGACACUUACUUCCGCACGGGCCUGUACCCGUCUGCUAAACCCGAGAUUCUGGGCCGCGAAGGCGCCGGCACGGUCGUUGCCGUCGGCCCCGGUCCGAACACCUGGAACUUCAAGGCUGGCGAUCGUGUCGCUUGGUUGGGCACCGGUGGCUACGCGGAGUACACGGCUGUUCCGGCGGACAAGACGGUGAAGAUCCCUGAGGGGGUCAAGGAUGAGGAUGUCAUUGCGUCGUUUUUGAGCGGGCUUACUGUGCUUUCGCUGGCGAAGGAGACUUACGCUGUGCAGAAGGGCGAUUGGGUCUUGUUGCAUGCUGCGGCGGGCGGUGCGGGGUUCCUGAUGACGCAGGUUUUGAAGUCCAUCGGUGCGAAGGUUAUUGGGACUGCUGGGGGGCCGGAGAAGGUCGCUCUUGUGAAGAGUCUGGGUGCUGACUAUGUGAUUGAUUAUCGCAGUGAGGAGGGUAAGGAUUGGGUGGGUAGGGUUAAGGAGAUCACUAAUGGGCGCGGUGUCGAUGUGGUGUAUGAUUCUGUUGGGAAGGAUACGUGGGAGGGGAGUCUGGAGGCUGUUAUGAAGAAGGGCACUAUUGUCUGGUUUGGAAAUGCUAGUGGGCCGGUGCCGCCUCUGCCUCUUGCGAAGCUCACCCCUAAAUGUGUCAAGGUCGCCCGUCCGGCCCUGUUUGGUUACAUCGAUACCCGCGAGGAGUUUGAGUUCUACGUCAAUGAGCUGUUCGGGCUGCUCCAGUCUGGCGAGCUCAAGGUCAAAAUCCACAAGGUCUAUCCCCUGGAGCAGGCGGUUCAGGCCCAUUUGGAUCUGGAAGGCCGGAAGACUACUGGCAAGCUACUUCUCAAGCCGUAA